AUGAGUUCGCUGAAGGCAGUCGAUGGUGAGACAGGGGAAAUUCUAGGGUAUAUUGUAUUUACCCGGAGACAGCCUACUCCACAGAAAACGAAAGAGAGUGACGGAGCCGAGGAACCAAAAGGGCCAGAUGGAGUUGAUACGGACGUCCUUAUGGAGGUUACUCAGGCGAUCAAUAUAAUUACGAAGGAUGUGAAAGCCAUCGAGCGGUAUGAAUUGGUAUAUAUGUGUGUUAAACAGUCUAGCCGGAGGCGGGGGAUUGGAUCGGCUUUGGUGCAGAGGUGCUUUGAAAGAGCGAAGUCUGAAGGUCUCCCUGUUGCUGUUUGUGCCGAGCCAGCGGCGUAUGAAUUCUACGUCAAUUCGGGAUUCAAAGAGACAAAAUAUGCAGAUACCGAUUUGGCUAGAUUCGCUCCGGCGUACAGUGGAUAUGGUAUGUUUAGGUUGACUGGAAUGAUUUGGUAUCCUUAG